AUGAAUAUUGCACCCGCACCAUCACUGCUGGUACCACUAACAUUUCCAACCUGCGCCCAAAUACGCGAUCCAGGCGAACCUUCGUCUGAUGCUAACUAUGUUCUAGAUAUUAGUUGUUCAACAGAACACUCUACCUCUCUUGUUACCUGGGGAUAUGGCCAGGCAGUUCUAGGAGUGCAGGAUUCGAGAACAAAGGGAGCGGCCAUCGGAGGAGAGCAUGGAUCCAUAUACAUAUUCCAUCCACCGCCCGUAACCCCGUCCCAUACACGGACAUCCACUCCCAGUAUCCAAUUGGUGGAUCCGGCAGGAAUAUCCAGGCCUACCAGUCCAGCAUCUCACUCUCGACGUCCCUCUCGCUCAGGACUUCCAGCGUCUCGUUCUGCUUCUCCUUCUUCACUCUAUUUCAACCAAACUUUUUUGAACAUCAGUCCUAGAGCUCGAAUCGUGUCUGGGGUGUCCAAAGAACAAGUCGAAGCUCCUAAGAAUUAUGUCGACUAUGAAGACGAGCCAGACAAAUUAAAAGGCAUGCUAAAAAGUAGGAGUUUGCGAGACCGUACUAUCGCGGAUACGCUGCUACCAAGUUUUGAUAAAGGUGUUGUCAUUGAAAAAUCGCUUCCUCAAUCUGCUUCCUCUCCUCCAUCCAUUCCAAGUGGCUCAUUCCUCAAAAGAAAAGAUGAAGCAAAAUCACUUCUUUCAGCAAUGAACUCCCCGACGAUCUCAUCUAAAUCGAUGUCAAGUCCACCAUCACCGCAUGUACUAAUUCCGUCACCACUAGAACCAACGCUACCUUCGCAUAAUCUGAGCUUGAAGUGUCAUGUAUUUCCACCUCAUUGUGGGCCAGGGCAUGCAAUAUCGGAUAUGUGGAUGUUCGAAGAAUCGAAUCUACUUCUCGCGCUACAGGAAACUGGUGAUAUUUCGCUGUUUAGGGUCCAGGACGGCACACGGGCUGCUUUUGUGCACCUAAACGAGCCUGUGCCUAAAUCGACAGCAAAAAGCGUCUGGAAACAUUUACGAGUAAUAGAUCUUGGAGAGAAAAUCAAACUGAUUCUCGCGUGUGCUGCGCUCUGUGAACAUUCGCAGUACGAGGAUGACAAUGAGCACGAGCCUGCUCAAGAAAGCAGGCUUGUACUACUUGAACUCAUAGUAAGUGAGGAACAAGGACUUUCGGAGAGUAAGCUAGAAGUUCUCGGUGAAUGGCAUAGCGAAGGUCCUGCCCAGUGCGCGAACAUAUAUAAGGACAAUACUGGCUUAAAUUUCCUUCACACCGAUCGUGAAAACUGCAUAAACAUACAAUCUAUUCGCAUUCUUCCCUCGUUUGAAGUCCAUUUCAGUAUUAUCUCUAACCAAGGAGUCAAGCAACCGAAUCCCGUUUCUUUGGCUAUUACAAACGCAUUUAAAGCCACCAAAAAUAAAUCAACAGAAGAUAUCACUCUCGAAGCAGAGAAGCAGAAAGAAAAAGCUAGCAGACUUCAUCUCGGUGAUGAACAUGACGUAGGCGCAUUAAUGUCUUCUGGACCAUUUUUAGGUCUACGGUCCCGGUUCGCGCUUGGUAAACUGUGGGGUCUGGUGUGGUCCUCUAGUGAGCUCACGGCUUUCGACUAUCAAGGGAAUAGCAUACGUGUGCUAUUCACAUUGACCCUGUCUAGAAUCAAGGACGUGUCAAUCGAGGACAACCAUUUCGUCGUCAUAUGCGCGGAUCGUAUAGAACGGUAUCAACUUCAUGCUGUGGAUGCUAACAACAACGAGGUUGAUAUGUCGACAAACGAAACAGGAGUGAACUUCCAGCCUAGGCUGGUGCGCUCGUCGACAGUAGAAGGCUAUGAGGCGCUCCGAUGUCUCUCUAUGACUGAGGCGAUGUGUAUCAGAACAGGAAAAACAGGGCGAAAAGAGUUGGUGCUUGUUAAUGAGGAUUCCGGUAUUUCAAAUGGCGCAACGGUCUACUCUCGUUCCUUGUGGAAAGCCUUGAUGAAAGGAAGCCAUGCGCAUUCCAAUAGAUUGACGUCCAUCCUCCCACUUGAACUUAACCAGAUCAUACUGGGCUACAGUGAUGGCCGCAUCCGUCUAUCCUCUCUUUCCAAAUUGGCAGAAAAAGCAAACAAAUCGAUUUUUGAGAAGACAUCAGAUUUCCCUCUUGAUGGAUUCAUCUGCAGUCUGCAUUUAGUGCGGAAUGAUCGGACAAAGGAGCGUUUUGUCGUUGGAGGUGGAGAUGAUGGCAGUAUCGGCACAUGGUCUCUGGAUUCACUCAAAUUAUGCGCUCGAUGGACCGUAUUCUUAACGCCUCUUGUACGGGUGAUCCAGCUACAGAAUGAAAAGGCUGGACCGUUACGCGGGUGUGCACUAUGCGUCUCUGAAGAUGGAACGAUCGCUGUAUUCGUGAUAGAUGGUUUUCAGUUCCUCUAUCUAAUUCCAGGUUCUUCGGCGCCGUUGGUUAGAGUAUGCAUUAACGGUGAUGACCUGUUACUCGUAUAUUCGGAUGGCUGUGCCCGCUUGUGGGGCGUUCGCACUCGGGAACUUUGGCGGUCUACGACAGGUGAAAAGGCUGAGGAGCUCAUAAACCAGGGUGGAUGGAUAGAUCUAUCUUUAAACGCCAAGGAUCUUCCACCAUCCACAUCCAUAUCUGCCCUCCCGAGUUAUCACACAGGGCUCGAUUCCUUGUGCACCAUUUCGCUUAAUUUGGAGAGAUUCCUCAAAUACAUCUCCAUCACAGUGAAAUCAGUAGCUAACGAGAAGACCCAGGGGUCAUCGAUAACUCAACUUCGUGCCAUCUUAUCCAUAGUCUUGACACCUGGGCUCAGUCAUGAUGUAGACGAGAUAUGUGAAAUCAAGCUGGGGAUUCAACCUUCGUCGGGCUUUGCUGGUUAUGGAUGCUACUCAUCAACAUCGUUGUUUCAUCAAGAGAACCCCCGAGAUGCUUGGUGUAUAUCCCCGAAGAUAUCGGCUGCGCGAGCUUUGGUGUUGGUCGCGUUGCUCAAGGCAUUAGCGCUACGUGAAGAGUUAUAUGAAGACUGCCAAACAGUCAUCACAUUCUAUUCGACAUCUCUUGCGCAAGCUGUGGGCACGUCCUUCCAGCCGCCAGAUAUUUCAUUCCUGUCUCGACAGUGGUUCGAGUCUUCGAAUGAAAUAAAGCAAGCUGCUCGUCUAUUAUUUGACGCUGGAGUAACUCGUUUAUCAGACGAAGAAAACAUGUCCUUGGUGGACGCAUGGCAGCAUCACCUACCUUGCCUACAGCCUACCGCCGACAAAGAGUCUGCACGAGCUGCCCUCGCUCUUUUCGUUUGUGGUUUCAUGGCGAUUGAAAAGUACAGCUUGAUGUCAACCAGUUCCUUGGUUGAUAUUUCAAAGUCUAUCGCCUUAUAUCUUCACGACGAACAGUCACCCCAUCGCUCUCUAGCGAUCGACUUAUGUUCUCGUGGCUUCCAUAUCUGGCAACACUAUGUUGAUGCUAUGGAGACGCUUCGAGCACUUUGCAGUCUAGCUACAAAUUCACGAAAAGAGAACAUAUCGGCUCAAAAUGCGGGGCCCCAGGCAAGACUGGCUGUUUUACAGAUCGCGUCGAGCAAUACGCCGCUGUUCAUGACAACCUUGACGCUUGACAUCCUCAACCCUCGCAACCUCGACCAUCGAAAAUCCAUUAUGCAGCUCGUUGCAUUCUUGAUCCGCAAGAGACCUCUUGUGCUUUAUCACAACCUUCCACGAUUGAUGGAGGCUGUAGUCAAGUCGUUAGAUCCUAACUCAACUUCAAGCCGUGAUGCAGUCCUGGACACUGCGACUGAAAUAUUGGGCCAUGUGGUCAAGACAUUUCCUACUGUCGAUUUCCAUAUGGCCACGCAACGUCUUGCAGUCGGUACAAGCGAAGGAGCGUUUAUCAUGUAUGAUCUAAAGACUGCCACCCAGCUUUACGUUCUCGAGGCACAUAAGAAACGACCUGCGGCAUGUAGUUUCUCCCCCGACGGUCGAAGACUGGUCACCGUGUCUCUCGAAGAAUGCGCAGUACUGGUGUGGAAAGUCGGAUCCAGCUUCACAAACUUUUUCAACCCUGGUGCCCCUCCUCGGCAGGGCCAUGGCGGUUCACAGCCAUUCAAGACUCUAGCAUUCAACGUUGGCGACGAAGCCAAUAUGACCAUUGCUGCAACUCUCGAGUGGGUACGAUUCGAGUGGCCUGCUGAUCGUAGUGUCAAGCUGCGCAUUCGCGAAAGCACACUUACUUUUAGCACAUAG